UGUUUGCAUGGUAAAACAAGUUCAUUCCAAUCCAAGUUGAGCAAACAAACAAUACUCGUAUCGAUCCAAGGUAAUCAAACUCGGAAGAAGAGAAGAGAAGAGAGGAGAGGAAAACAACAAGAGCAGGCUAUCUUCCUCUCUCUUCCUAUAUCACCCAUUCGAUCUUCCUCCACGUAAACUUCAUAUCACCUAAAACUAAUUAACCCUUCAAUGAAGCUACUCGAAAAAGACUUCACCGUGAACCAAACCGGAAGUGCGAAGAUCGUGGCGGAAGAACCCGACGACGUGUGGCUCCUCUACAACCUCAUCCUCCCCGGCGACGUGGUCUCCGCCGACACCACCCGUAAAGUCCACCUCGAAUCCUCCACCAAGCACGCCGUGUCACGUGUCAAACUCACCCUCCACCUCAAAGUCACGUGCCGCGACUUCCACAAAGACUCCUCCACCCUCCGCCUCCACGGCCGCAACCUCCACCAGAACCACCACGUCGCCGCCGGAUCCUUCCACACCCUCACCCUUGAGCCCCACAAGCCCUUCCACCUCCGCAAAAAGCUCUGGGAAAACGACGCCGUCCAAGCCCUAAACGAAACCGCCCAAAAGUCAAACCCUAACAACUCUCCCCCCGACCUCGCCGUCGUCCUCUUCCACCAACACCACGCCGAGAUCCACCUCGUCGGACACGGCGCCACCGCUCGCUGCUUCAAAAUCGAACCGAGAAAAAAAACCGGACACGGUUCCGGUUCGACCGUGUUCUUCAGGCAAGUUUUCGCUGCGCUCGUGAAGCACGUGGAUUUUAACGUUGUCAAGAGCGUGGUUUUAUCGAGCGAGGAGUUUCGUAGGUUUGUGUCUUCCGAAGCGAAGAGGUUGAGGAACCGUUGGUUGGAGGAGAACAAAACGCGAAUAGUUGUGGUUUCGGGGCACGAGGGUGAUUUGGGGAAAGUGUUGGGUGACCCGGCGGUGACGGAUUUGGUGAAAGACGUUAAAGUUGGCGCGUUUAGGGAGCUGUGGGAGAUGGUUUGCAACGAUUCGGGUCGCGCGUGUUAUGGACAGGCGGAGGUGGAGCGUGCGCGUGAGGUUAGGGCCAUUGAGACGCUAUUGAUUUGCGAUGAGCUUUAUAGGAACAACGAGGUUGGGACGAGGAAGAGGUACGAGGGUUUGGUGAAAUCCGUGAAAGAGGGUGGCGGAAAGGCUUUGGUGUAUUCUUCCAUGCAUGUUUCCGCGCCCCAACUCUCGCAGCUUACCGGUGUUGCUGCAAUUCUCAGGUUUCCCUUGCCUGACCUUGAAGAAGAUCCAUGAUGUCAAUUAGUCAAUCGGUGUUGAUUUGUUUAUCAUUACUUUGAGGUUGAUCAUGAACAAGGUUGUGCCUGCAUGUAUACAUAUUAGUUUUAGUUAAGGAUUUGUUUGUGGAGUUUGAUUAAUUUCGUCAAAUGUACGUUGAUUCAUCUCCGGCUCAAGUCAGGGGGAGAAGUGAAUUGUCGUUGUUACCUUUAAUGAUUUGGAUUUGUGUGUAUAUAUGUAAUCAUUUGUUCAGAUUCUUGUUGA